AUGAUUGCCAGAGAAAAUAAGAGAACGCUAGAAGAGGACGUUUCUGUGGUGUAUCGCCUUGGAGAAAGCGGCAACGAAUACUGUCAGUCUUGCUUGACCAUGGCAUUACCCCAUCUGGACACCAAUACAGGCCUACCCCCAGCCCAGGGUCUGUACAACCCAGAAUAUGAGAAAGAUGCGUGUGGGGUUGGAUUUAUUGUGAAUAUCAAGGGAGAACAAUCAAAUAAGAUCAUAAAAGAUGCCCAGACUAUCCUAUGCCGUAUGAAGCAUCGUGGGGCUACAGGGGGCGACAAUGACACUGGAGAUGGCGCUGGUGUUAUGACAGGCAUACCUCACAAACUAUAUGCACGUAUACUCAGAGAUGAGCAGCAGGUAGAGCUCCCAGAGCCUGGUCACUAUGCAACGGGAAUAUUCUUCUUAGAUCAAGACACAGCCAGCCACUGUGAGAAAAAGUUUGAAGAACUUGCCAUUGAGUGUAAAUUAAAGGUACUAGCAUGGCAUAAUGUUCCACAUGAUACAAAUGUUCUUGGCCACUCUGCGAGAGCAAGGGAACCGUUGCUACGUCAGGUCUUUGUGACUGGCGAGCAGGAGAAGGAACUAUUUGAACAGCGUGUAAGUUUUUGCCUUGAGAAAAGAGCUACCCAUACCAUUCCUCGAAAGGAUCUGCGUUUCUACAUCUGUUCUCUCUCCUCCAAGUCCAUCGUUUACAAGGGUUUGCUGACACCUCUUCAGCUAUGGGAGUAUUUUGCGGACUUUGUAGACCCGGAUUACGAGACUCACUUUGCGGUGGUUCACAGCAGGUUCUCGACCAACACCUUCCCAAGUUGGGAGAGGGCACACCCCCACAGAUACCUUGCCCACAAUGGAGAGAUCAACACCAUCCGCGGCAACGAGAACCUGAUGAGGGCUUGGGAAGGGGUCAUGAGCAGUUCAAUCUCCAAGUACGGUGAUGAGCUCAAGCUUCUUUACCCAGUGGUGGAGGAAGGUCUUCCAGAUUCCGGCAGGGUGGAUAAUGUCCUGGAGUUCCUCAUCAUGGCAGGUGGACGAUCGUUGCCAGAGGCUGUAAUGACCAUGGUACCAGAAGCCUGGCACAAGGACACGAUGAUGAGUGAGGAGAAAAGGAACUUCUACCGCUGGGCUUCGUUUGCGAUGGAAGCAUGGGAUGGACCAGCCCUGUUCACAUUCGCUGAUGGCCGCUACGUCGGUGCCAUCCUGGACCGAAACGGACUCCGACCCUCCCGCUACUACAUCACCAAGUCCGGCUUCAUGGUGAUGGCCAGUGAGGUUGGUGUGUGGAAUCUUGCCCCGGAGGACACCCAAUCCAAGAGCCGUCUCAAGCCAGGCAGGAUGCUCCUAGUCGAUACGGAGCUUGGAGAGGUCAUCAACGAUGUCGAUAUCAAGCAUCAUAUCGCCACCCUGAGACCUGUGAAACAGUGGAUGGAUGAACAGUCCGUCACCCUGGACGACUUCUACAAGGCCCACAUGGAGACCAGGGGCGAAGAGCCCGAGAUCGGUCCACUGGUCCCGGUCCAGUCCGACCAUCGUCUGGCCAUGUUUGGCUAUAGCGUGGAGCACAUCAACCUGCUUCUCGUUCCGAUGGUGAAGAACAAGAAAGAGCCCCUAGGUUCGAUGGGCAACGAUGCUCCCCUUGCCUGCCUGUCUCAGCGUAAUCCACUGGUCUUUGAGUACUUCAAGCAACUCUUUGCCCAGGUCACCAACCCACCUAUUGACCCCAUCAGGGAAAGCAUUGUCAUGUCACUGGCAUGUCCCAUCGGCCCUGAAGACAACAUCCUAGAGCCAAGUGAGAAGCAGUGCAACCGUCUGUUCUUGGAUGCUCCGAUCUUGACCCUGCAUGAUCUUGAGAUCAUCAAAGAUACAUCUCUUCGUACAUGGAAGACCAAGACCAUUGAUACCACAUUCCCAGUAGAAGCCGGAUUUGCAGGACUUGUUCCAGCCAUAGACCGGAUCUGUGCCGAGUGUUCUGAAGCAGCAGACCAGGGCUACACUCUGUUGGUCUUGUCUGACAGAGCUGCCGGUCCAGAAAGAGUGCCAGUCAGCUCUCUGCUUGCCUUGGGAGCAACCCACCACCACCUGAUCAAGACCCGACAGCGUCUUCACGUCGGUCUCAUCGUCGAGACUGGAGAGGCCCGUGAGAUGCACCACCUGUGUCUCCUGCUGGGUUAUGGUGCCGAUGCCAUUUGUCCGUACCUCCUCUACGAGUGCCUGAUAAGUCUCCACGAGCAGAGUCUCCUAGGAGUGGACUUCGGGAUCAAGGAGAUCCAGAAGCGGGUCAUUGCAGCAACGGAGAAGGGCAUCUCGAAGGUGAUGGCCAAGAUGGGUAUCUCCCUUCUACAGAGCUACAAGGGAGCUCAAAUCUUUGAAGCAGUAGGUCUCUCCCAGGAGGUGAUUGACAAGUGUUUUGUUGGGACAGCAUCUAGGCUUGGAGGGGCUACCUUUGAGAUCCUAGCAGAAGAGGCCUUUGAAAGGCACAGAGUGGCAUAUGCUGAACUACAAGGAGAUAUAUCUACGAAUCUCGAGGGUGGAUCGUACCACUGGCGUGAUGGGGGUGAGAAGCACGUCAAUGAUCCAGUCAGCAUUGCCAAUUUGCAGGAUGCAGCACGGAACAAGAAUCAGAAUGCCUACACCAAGUUUGUUGAGUCACAGAAAGAAUCGGUUCGUAUGUGUACCUUGAGAGGUCAAUUGGAGAUGGUGCCGAGCGAUGAGCCUCUGGACCUAUCACUGGUUGAGGAAGCUGCUUCUAUCGUCAAGAGGUUCAACACCGGGGCCAUGAGCUUUGGCAGUCUUUCCAUAGAGGCACAUAGCACACUGGCUAAGGCAAUGAACAGAAUUGGUGCUAAGAGUAACACAGGAGAGGGUGGAGAGACAGAAGACCGUUACCUGCACACCGAUGACCCUAUGGACAAUACCCGGUCGGCCAUCAAGCAGGUUGCCUCUGGAAGGUUUGGUGUAACCAGCUCCUACCUGGCCCAUUCUGAUGACUUACAGAUUAAGAUGGCCCAAGGAGCCAAACCCGGGGAAGGAGGGGAACUUCCAGGAUAUAAGGUCACUGAGGACAUUGCCUCUACCCGUUACUCCAUCCCUGGGGUGGGGCUGGUGUCCCCUCCCCCUCACCACGACAUCUACUCCAUUGAAGACCUUGCUGAGCUCAUCUACAACCUCAAGUGCUCCAACCCAGAGGCUAGGAUCAGUGUCAAGUUGGUGUCGGAGGUCGGCGUAGGGGUCGUAGCUGCUGGGGUAGCCAAGGGUAAGGCUGAACACAUCACCAUCUCUGGUCACGACGGAGGAACGGGAGCUAGCACAUGGACAGGAAUCAAACAUGCUGGGUUACCAUGGGAACUCGGUAUAGCAGAGACUCAUCAGACGUUGGUUCUAAACAAUCUGAGGUCAAGGGUUGUCUUGCAGACCGACGGCCAGCUGAGGACAGGUCAUGACGUGGUGAUAGCAGCUCUCCUUGGGGCGGAUGAAUUUGCUUUCUCCACCACACCUCUUAUUGUCAUGGGAUGCACCAUGAUGAGGAAAUGCCAUCUGAACACCUGUCCUGUGGGUGUGGCUACUCAGGAUCCUGAGUUGAGGAAGAAGUUUGAUGGUCACCCAGAGCAUGUAGUAAACUAUUUCUUCAUGCUUGCUGAGGAGAUCCGUUCACACAUGGCAAAGAUGGGAUUCAGAACCUUCCAGGAGAUGAUUGGCCGAUGUGACAUGCUUCGACCCGUCCAGGAGAAGACCAAUGGGAAGAGCAAACUGCUCAACUUUGACCAAGUCUUGACCAAGGCCUCUGACCUUCGACCCGAUGCUAACCCCAUCGGAGGUACCACCAAGCAAGAAUUUGCCCUGGAUAAGAGAUUGGACAAUCUUCUGAUAGAAAGGGCAGGAGAUGUUCUUAAUGGAACCAGCAAGCAUGUUGAGAUUAAUAUGGACAUUACCAAUGAGUGCAGGGCCUUUGGAACAACCCUUAGCUUUCACAUCUCAAGGAAGUAUCGCGAGAGUGGCCUUCCUAACAAGUCUAUUGAGAUCAAGUUGAAAGGAUCAGCUGGUCAGAGCUUCUGUGCUUUCCUGGCCAAGGGUGUCCAUGUGGAACUAGAAGGUGACAGUAAUGACUAUGUAGGAAAGGGUCUUUCUGGUGGGACCGUGAUUGUCUACCCACCCCGUGAUGUCCCAGAAGGCUUUGUGUCCGAACUGAACAUCAUCGUAGGCAAUGUGUGCCUGUAUGGUGCUACAAGUGGCAAGGCAUUCUUCAGGGGAUGGACUGCUGAACGCUUCUGUGUCAGGAACUCGGGAGCUCUCGCCAUCUGUGAGGGUGUAGGAGACCAUGGCUGUGAAUAUAUGACUGGAGGUAGGGCCAUCAUUCUAGGAGCUACUGGAAGGAACUUUGCUGCUGGAAUGUCUGGUGGUAUUGCCUAUGUAUACAACGUUUGGAAUGAUUUCUAUCCAAAGUGCAAUACAGAGUCGGUUGUUCUUGAGCCUCUCGUCAAAGACAUUGACAUUACCUUCCUCAAAGAGAGUCUCGCUGAGUUCAUCUCGUACACAGGGUCAAAGGUCGCAACCAUGAUACUGGACAAUUGGGAAACGGAAAGCAAACGAUUUGUAAAGGUCUUCCCCAAUGAAUACCGUAGAGCUCUCCGAGAGAAGAAAGCCAAGGCACUUGCAGAGGAGAAAGCCAGGAAGGAGGCGGAGCUUCUGCAGAAUGGCCUAGCCAAUGGCACCAAUGGCCACUCCUCCAAUGGUGAACUGACCAAUGGUGUGAAUGGAUCGGGAGAUGGAAGGCAUGUAAAGGAGGAGCCCAAGGUGAUAGAUAUCGAGUCUACGAUUCCAGACGUUGACCAGGAGAAGAAGACCAUUCAGAGGGUCUUAGACAAGACCAGAGGCUUUGUCAAGUAUGGAAGAAACAACGACCAGUACCGUAGUGUGGAGGUUCGUAUGAAGGACUGGGGUGAGAUCUACAACCACCGAGGAGUCAAGAAACAACUCAAAGUACAGGCAGCAAGGUGCAUGGACUGUGGGACGCCGUUCUGUCAGGCACACACUGGAUGUCCGCUAGGUAACAUCAUCCCCUCCUGGAACGAUCUCGUCUUUAAGGAUCAAUGGAAGGACGCCCUCGAGAGGCUCCUAGUGACCAACAACUUCCCAGAGUUCACGGGUAGAUGCUGUCCUGCUCCCUGCGAGGGAGCCUGUGUACUAGGCAUCAACGCCCCUCCAGUCACUAUCAAGAACAUAGAGUGCGCCAUUAUUGACCAUGCCUUUGAGCAGGGAUGGAUCCGCCCAGAGCCCCCUCUCCAUCGAACGGGCAAGAAAGUAGCAGUCAUUGGUAGUGGACCGUCCGGUCUGGCCGGAGCCGCGCAGCUUAACAAGGCCGGUCAUCAAGUGACCGUCUAUGAGAGGAAUGACCGAUGCGGUGGCCUACUGAUGUAUGGAAUUCCAACGAUGAAGAUGGACAAGAGUGCUGUUGAACGAAGAAUAAAGCUCAUGGAAGAUGAAGGAGUGACGUUUGUGACCAAUGCCGAGAUAGGAAAGAAUGUCAACGGCUGGGAUCUGAUGAAGGAGAAUGAUGCCGUCUUACUGUGCAUGGGAUCAACCAGGCCUAGAGAUCUGCCAAUACCAGGUCGUGACCUCAGUGGAAUCAAGUACGCUAUGCAGUUCCUUGAACCCUGGCAGAAAAGACAGAUGGGUAACCAGUCUGAUUACAUUGACGCAAAGGGCAAGGAUAUUGUUAUCAUUGGAGGAGGUGAUACUGGUGUGGAUUGUAUCGGUACUUCACUAAGGAUGGAUGCCAAGUCAAUCACCACCUUUGAGAUCUUGACGGAGCCCCCACCUAGCCGAGCUUCUAACAACCCCUGGCCAACGUGGCCCCGUAUCCUCAGAGUAGAUUACGGUCACUCAGAGGUCAAACUAAAACACGGACAGGACCCAAGACAUUUUGAGAUACUCAGUGAGGAGUUCCUUGAUGACGGCCAAGGUAACGUGUCAGGAAUCCGGACCAUCCAGAUCAAAUGGACCAAGGACGCAACUGGACGCUUUAGUAUGGAGAAGAUCCCUGGAACCGAGAAGAUCUUCAAGGCAGACCUGGUCCUGCUUGCCAUGGGCUUCCUUGGACCGGAACAGAGCCUGAUUGAGGAGCUAGGAGUGGACCAGGAUCCGAGAUCCAACAUCCAGACCCCGAACGGGAAGUACCACACCAGUCUCGACAAGGUCUACGCUGCUGGAGAUUGUCGCCGGGGCCAGUCCCUGGUCGUGCAUGCCAUCAACGAAGGUCGCCAGGCAGCUAGGCAGAUAGACCUGGACCUGAUGGGAUCUACCAGCCUAGCUGGACCUGGAGGGGUGGUCUACACACCUGGAACCAAGCUGUCCAACUGCAAGGAUAAGCUGUACCAGCCAAUCAUCGAGGCCAUGGCGUAAUCAACCACCAGAUGAUUCCAUAUACAGAGAGGUUUUAUGCGUCUCUGUCCAGUCGAACGCACAAGAGAAACCUUUUGUGGAAACCGAACAACCCAGUUUUGGACUCCAAGUGCUCCUAUCAUCACUAGGGCCCAGUAAAUAAUCACCAAUUUAAAACAGCAAUUCUGAUUGGUUCCUAGUCGGUCUACCGAGCAAAAUGUGCAUGCAACGGUAUUCUUGAUAGGCCAUUGAUUACUCGCUGACCUUCGUGUCAUGGGGCCGUGGGGAGCGUUUCAGGAAAGGACUGGAUGUUUAUCCAACAAAAGGUGUUUCGUCCGAGGGUUAACUUUGAAAUUGUCCUUCCCACUCAAUCAAAAUCAAGGAAACUUAUCAGUUCUGACAACUUGUGUUGAUGAACUGCUCUCCGUGAUUCUGUUAAGUGCUUGGAUAUUUCAUCCUCUCCUCUCAAGAUCUGUUCAUUGGCUGGGGGAGAGAAGGGAGGAAAGGAGGGAGAUAUUAUGUGAAGCCAUUCAAGCCUUUAUUCUAUACACUUUUUGAGGUGAAACGGUGACUCGUCGGUUUAGUCUUGUCAUUUGAAGCUGCCAGUCGCUGUUCAGAUUUUCCACAUAGACACUGAAGUAUUGAUUUAUGGGUCCCACUUACCAAUUGGACUAGGGGAGUGUACAUGUAUUUCAGACUGACUAAGGUUGAGUCCAAAAACCUGACUGAGCAGUUAGCUGUCAUUGCUUCAUGAUUUUGCUCAUCUAAGAAACCUUACAAACCUGUUCAUAUUAGAAGGAAGAGGCUGAUGACCUCCAAAUGUUUUAAGCCAUUCCUAGUCAAAUUAUGUACAUGCAUCUGUACUACAGUGUGUGCUCAUGAGAAGCAAUGACGGAAUAUCUCUGUCUUGGAAUGUAAGGUACAACUUACAAGUGGGGUUAACUCAGGGGGCUUUUCCUACUCUUAGACUUACAUUAGGUAAUGUACAUAGGCUUUCCAGCUCAUGUGCUAGAAACACAAGAUGUAUUUCAUGGAAUAAAAAAUACUCAUAAAAUACAUCAAUUUUAGUCUAUAUGAUUGACAAGAGGAGUUUGAAUUGUUUGUGCUGAUAUUUGGGCAAGCGAAUCCCUUGAAAUAUGUGUACUUACUCGGCGUGUCAGAAGUUUAAAAAAAAAUUCUGUAAUGAAUGAGGGAUCAAGUGUCUUUUUUAUCUCUUCUUUAUCUUUAAGUUACCAUGUGCAGGCAACUGUGUGCAAAAUCAUGUU